UUCAAUCUACUUAUUUCUUUCCUAAGCUAAGAAUUAGAGUAAUGGCCUUCAGAAAUUCCUUAUUUUUUGGCUCAUUUUUCCUUCUUUUUGCUUUAUAAAUGCCCACCAUUAUUCAAUCUAAAUCAACUGGUAGUGGUAACCCUUUUGGAUUCAUCCAACAUCUGGAAGGAUGCCACAAGGGCCAGAAUAUUAGUGGUCUGCAUGAUCUCAAACGAUAUCUUCAGAAAUUUGGAUACUUGAAUUAUGAUCGCCUCAAAAAUUAUGAAAAGGAUGAUGAAUUUGAUGAUACGUUGGAGUCUGCCAUCAAAAAAUACCAGCAAAAUCAUCAUAUGAAUGUCACUGGAAGUCUGGAUUCUAACACAGUGAAUCAAAUGAUGAAACCGAGAUGUGGUGUAGCAGAUUUUGUGAAUGGCACAAAGCAAAACCACCACAAACACAAUCACAAGUCCGGCUUCCACACAGUUGGUCACUAUCAAUUCUAUUUCCCUGGACCAAGGAGAUGGUCCAAAUCCAGGCUCACAUAUCGCUUCGAUUCUAGCGCGCCGGUUCCCGCCUCACUAAAUUUGAGGUCUGUCAUUCAACAAUCUUUUAACAGAUGGGCUCAAGUCAGCCAUUUCACUUUCCAGGAAGUCGCGGAAAAUUUGGAUGCUGAUAUUGUGAUUGGCUUUCACCGUGGUAGCCACGGAGAUGGAGAAAAUAACCGAUUUGAUGGCCCUCAGGGAGUUUUCGCGCAUGCGUUUGCGCCAACGGUUGGAGAUUGCCAUUUUGAUGCAGAAGAAAGAUGGAGUAUCAAUCCUGGACAAUAUGAGCUAGACUUGGAAUCGGUUGCUGUGCAUGAAAUAGGCCACUUAUUAGGGCUUUCGCAUGAGUCGGGAAAGCCGGAUUCAAUUAUGUAUGAUUAUUUUGAAUACGGGAAGAUAAAGAGAGAGCUGACUGCGGAUGAUAUUCAAGGCAUACGAGUCCUUUAUGGUUUGCAGUAAAUGGAGACGUUUGAAAUAAACAGCCUGUGUCAAUUUUUUGCUAGUAUAAUUCAGUGUUUACUGUGUUAAAAUUUUACAAUAAGUGGUGUACUUAGGGAACCCAGAAAAUUUGGCUGAAGUUUUGGGAUUUAUUCCAUUUGCAUUAAGAUAUGUUGUAAUACCAAGUUUUAGGAUAAUAAAUAGAAAGAAGACCUUCAUCAUCCCUCCCAGAAAUUUUGUACACAGAUACAGGUUUUCCUUAACAAAGUAUC